AUGGCCCCUGAAACUAGAACCCGCACAUUCGAUGACAGAUUAGACCACACACAAGCUGAAAUCGAGGUUUUGAAGGAGCAAAUGACAAAAAAAAUUCAGGAAAUUGCAUGCAAGCUUGAUGCAAUCUUUGAUAAUCAUCGAGAUUACACAGCAACAUCAGGUACGACAUCCAAUCACAGUUCCCUGAAAGAUAAUCACGCAGCCCGUAAUGUUCGUCUCAAAGUUCCCAAGUUUGAUGGUUCCUGCGAUCCACAGGGGUGGAUCUUCAAAAUCGAACAAUUCUUCGAAUUUUACAGCAUAGACGAAGAUCAGAAGCUUCGUAUUGCUCCAAUUUAUUUUGAUGGCAAGGCUCUGGCUUGGUACCAAUGGGUACGCAAGAACACCACUGUUGCAUCUUGGGAUUCCUUUCUUCAAGCACUACAGGUGCGUUUUGGCCCAUCCGAAUUAGAGGAUUACCAAGGACAAUUGUCCAAGCUCAUGCAGAAUGGCUCAGUUUUGGAAUAUCAGGAAGCUUUUGAGACACUAUCCAAUAAGGUCCAUGGCUUAUCUGAAUCGUUUUUACUCAGUUGUUUUGUAUCAGGAUUGAAACCUAUUAUUCAACAAGAAGUUGCUUCAUUUCAACCUUCUUCAAUGACUCGUGCAAUCUCUUUGGCUAAAAUACAAGAAGCAAAGUUGUCCCUCAAAGAGGUCACCCCUAAACCGUUCUCUCCCUAUCCACCUAAAUUGCAUUCCCCAUACCCUCCACUCUUACCAACCCCAAAAACUGUACCACCUACAUUUCCACCAAAAACCACUACCCCUACUACUGCAACUUAUCCACCGAAACCAUAUACUCACAAACUUUCCCAGAGCCAAAUACAAGAACGAAGAGACAAAAAUCUUUGUUUUACUUGUGGUGAUAAAUAUUUCUUUGGUCAUAAGUGUAAAGCCUCUGUCCACAUUUUGAUUGUACCGGAUGAAGAAUUCUCCCACUCUUCUGAUGAUAUCAUACCAGAAGACAACAAUUCCAUGAUGAGCACUCCUCCUGAUUGCCCUGACUCUGUGACACCACAAAUUAGCCUUCAUGCCCUGUCAGGCAUUAUGGUCCCUCAAACACUUAGAUUCAAUAGCCAUAUUGGCAAAUCCGAAAUGAGUUUGUUGGUGGAUGGUGGCAGCACACACAAUUUCUUACAACCAAAAGUGGUAGCAGCUCUCAACUUACCUAUGUCUUCUGAUCAGCAUUUUGAUGUCAUGGUUGGGAAUGGCCAGACUCUCAAAUGUGAGGGAUUUUGUCAAGCUGUACCUGUUCAAAUACAGCAGCACGUUUUCCUAGUGGACUUCUAUGUUCUCCCAAUUCAAGGUGCUGACAUGGUCUUGGGUGUCCAAUGGCUCCAAAUUCUGGGUCCAGUGGUGCUCGAUUAUAGCAAACUUACUAUGGAGUUUGUUUGGGCAGGAGAGUCAAUCAAGUUACAAGGAGAUAAGCAUACAGGUCCUAUAUCUUUGAAUCAGUUUCGAAGAUUACAACAUCAUGAUCAGGUUGCCUCUAUGUUUCAACUCACACUGUUGGAUUCGGUUACAAUAGACCCACCACCUGCACACUGUCCUGAAGUUACACUCUUACUUUCUGAAUUUGAGGGGUUAUUCAAGGAGCCUACAGCACUCUCACCUCACAGGCUGUUAGACCAUGAGAUUCACCUACAACCACAUGCUUCUCCAAUUAAUGUGAGGCCCUAUAGGUACCCACACUAUCAAAAGGCUGAGAUUGAAAAACAGGUACAACACAUGCUUGAUUCUGGUUUCAUAAGGCUCAGUACCAGCCCUUUCUCUUCUCCUGUACUUCUAGUUAAAAAAAAAAGAUGGGACUUGGCGCUUUUGCAUUGA